AUGCUUCGACGCAUAGCCUCCCUGGGCUUUGAUGCCCCUGACGCCCCUCCUGGAGACUCCAUGCCUCCAUCCGCCGACGACCAAGCUCCGUUGCCCGAGCCCAAGAGCAGCGCAGGGGGUCUUGCCAGCGUCUUCAAGGGCCUGACCGGAGGCUCCAAGCUUUCCAAGGUCCCGCCCGUGCCCUCUUCGUCGACCGAUACUGUCUCCGCUCAGUUGUCCUCCGAACGAGUCGACACGGCCUCGCUAGCUGCCACCGGCCUGCCUCCCCACCACAGCGAAGCCCUAGAGAAGCUCAAGACCGGCUCUCUCAGCGAGCGCAUUGCGGCAGCCGAGUCCCUACGACUGUCUGUUGCCGACUACCCCUUGGCGCCGGUACUACAAAUAUGGGAUGCCGGCAAAGACUUGAUAGAGACAUCCAAGCCCAGCAACGCGAGGGUUGCCGGAUGGGAGCUCCUCACUGAGUGCGUUCGGAACCCCUCUUCGACCGAUCUCGAGCGCAAAGAAUACUUCCAGACACUGUCUUUCCACGCCAGCCCCGAUGACUUCUAUCUCCAGCUCGCCGCCCUGGUUGAUCUGACCAACCAUGGCCGCAAUCUGUCCGGGUUCGACUACGACGUCAUCCCUCUGUUGACAACGUGGCUGCAGGACUCAUACAAUGCCGUCAGGGUUGCGCGGAGGCAACAGGCAUUGCGCGAGAGAAAGGGCUCCAAGGGAAAGGGCGUUGCGCCAGCAGUUGCUGCUUUGGGCGAGGACAAGAGUUUCUCCAUGCUGUUCGCGUUUAUCCUCGAGGUCCUCAAGUUCAACUUCAGGGUCGCCGACGACGAAACACUGGGACGUUUGAUCGAUAAACUCCUGGAAAUCUGCAUGAAGACGAGUACGGAAGACGAUUUGACGGCUUGCAUUGAGGUAAUUGAUGCCAUUAUAACAUACGCCUCAGUUCCUAAGCGGAGCUUGAGUCGUUGUGUUGAGGUCCUCAGCUCAAUCUUCUGCCUCGUCGACAAGCUGACCAAGACUUCCUGGCACACACUAUCCAACCUCCUGAAGUCGCACAAUGGCCAGGCGGCCGUCCGGAUCUUGCUCAACAUUCUCAGGGACUAUCCUCGCAAUGGUCAGGAAACGACGGAAACGAAUAGAGCAGUUAGGGGCUCCCUGACUGUUCUCCAGAAACUGAUCUGGAAAUCUUCAGAGAAAGGCUACCCGGCAAUCCCACUGGCCCUUCUUGUCGACGGAUGCAGCAAUGUUGUCGAAAAAUCACCUUCCACACGAAUAGCCGGCUCCGUAUUGAAGCUGAUAAACACUCUGUUUGAUGACGGGGAACAGAAAUUGAAUCCCCUUCUCGAAGGCGAAGACUGGACGUCCGUCCUGGAAGUUGCCGAGAAGAGUGUCGGUCGGCUGAAUUUCAAUCUCACUCCCAGCAGUUCCAGAACGAGCCUGAAAAGCAACUUCACCGUACAAGACCUUAAGAAGGGGAGUUCCAUACUGGAGGAGCUCGAGACGCUUUUGCGGAGAUUGGAAGGACUUUCUAGACAGCGAGGUUCAGACUUCGUCCAGAGACACGAGUGCAUUGCUUUCAUGGCGAAGAUCCCUCACGUCCUCCCAGAUUCCACGGCUGAGCUCGUCUUGGAACACUUCAAAGAGUUUCGUUGCUGCUACCCUUCGGAUUUGGAAUGGGAGAAGAACCUUGACUUGGUCUUGGAGUCGUUCUACCUCAAGCGCAAUCGCUCUACGCCCAUCCGUAUUGCAGCUCUCCGAGGGAUCACCGAGGUCUACGACAUGCUAGAAUUGGUUGAGGACGAACUUGACGAGGAUGUCGUGCCCAACAUCGUCAGGAACAUCCUCUCGGGCAUCUCUGACGAGACAGACACUUCCGUCCUGCAGGAGACCGUGUCGUUCAUGAUAUCUGUCGCGCUGGCGGCCGACACCGCCCUCUUCGAUUACAUCGUGGAGACACUGAAGGGAGUCGUCACCAGCGACCGUACGCAUUCCCCGCUGACGUUCAUGGAAGAGAAGCCAACAAUAGCGGACCAGGUGGGGAGUGGUGCCGAUCAAAGCCCAGCCAAUGUCGUUACGAGAGGCUACGUGCUACUUUUCAUGAAGACAAUGAAUACGGAUAGUCGAAAAGCGACCAGGACAUUUCAACUCCUCGUAUACAUCGCCAAAUUCGGUCAAUCUGCCGACGCCCGGAUUACGGCCAUGAAAAUGCUGUUUCGAUUAAGAGCGGACUGGGCAAAUCGGAUAUACCUGACAUGCUUCACCGAAUCGGAGGGCCUGGCUGGUGUUCUCCACCGGACGGAAGCUUCCCUGGCAAGAAAGGUCGCGGAGGACGCAGCCACGUCACACAGAUUGAGGAGCGAAUAUGGAAGCUUAUCUCGGUCCUCACGAGGAGUUUCGUUUGGCUCCUCGGCACAAGACAGGAUGGUCCCAAGUCGGUCAGCUAGUGGUGCCAAACCCAAUGGCCAAAAGUAUCAACAACUUUGGUCCCUACCGGAUCCUAAUGUGCUACCAGAGACACCUUCUCCAAUAGCGAGUCCUGUUCUAUUCUCAUACAUGGAGAAGACGACAGAGGCUCGUGGUGAAGGAGAGGAGGUCGUGCAAGUAGUGGACCAGCAACCUGGCGUGCUCGAUGUCGCCUCAUGGCUCGAGGCCAUCAUCCAUAAUCUGACUCACGGAAGCGACUGGGAGGUUUACAGCUUCAAUCUGGUUCACCUACCGUCCCAGCUGAGCAACCACGCAUUUUUCAGGGGCACCUUACCGCAAAUAAGGGAGGCGCGUCGAGUGCUGUGCGAGCAGAGCAAACACAAUCUAUUCCAGGACCCGCCUCCUCUGACCGGACUACGCCGGCCUGAAGUCAACAUAUGCAUCUUUCAAAUACUGACGACGAUUAUGAGUUACCACCAGUACUUUCAGAAAAGCGAUGAAGACGAUCUUGUCAGAACGUUCAUGCAGGGCAUCGGGCACUCCACAGCAAAGACCUGUAUCCACGCGCUGACAAUCUGCUGCCAUGAGCUCCCUCUUGCAACUACUAAAGCACUCGUGACGAUCCUGCAGAAGAUGUCAACAGUCAUCACGCAGGCCAACGUCGCCAUGCACAUUCUGGAAUUCCUGGCGGGACUCGCUCGUAUGCCAGCACUCUACAGCAACUUCAUUGAAGAUGAGUUUCGCGUCGUUUUUGGCAUGUGUUUCAGGUAUCUGGAUACUGUGCGCGAUAAGAAGCGGUAUGUGCGAACGAGCACGGCGAGUGAGAACGUGCCUGCUACCAUCAACACAACUCACGAGUACGACAUACUGGGGCAACCCACUAAUAGUGACGAACUGCCUCAGUAUGUGCACGCCCUCGCGUACCACGUCAUCGUGUUCUGGUUCAUGGCCCUUCGCCUGGGUGAUCGAGCGAAGCAUGUAGGAUGGAUCGCCAAGAGGCUAUUCCAAGGCCCAGAUGGCAACCCGGUCUCGGACGAGCAGGCACUCAUCACCAUGGACUUCAUUCAGAGAGUUGCAUAUGCAGAAGCGGACGAGUCAGCGGAAAAUCCUCGGUUUUCAGACAGGAAAGCAUCAGAGUACACUGAGAGACGGUGGAUCAUCGCCAACAGUCUUGUAUCCAUCAAACAGUCCAAGGCGACUCCAUGGGCACAGGUCACUAAGAGACAGCCGUCAGGCACGUCUUACUUUACUGUCCGCGAGAACUUCAAACCUCCGCCGCCACAUCAAGCCAACACAUUUGGGGACAGCAGAGACACGGGUACGCCCACCACGAAUAGCACCAUCCCCAGCCACCUGCUUGUCCACUUGCUCUCCUCCACGCCUCAAAGUCAUGAACCGGCACUGCGCCCACUGCCUCUCCCAGACGAGGAGGCUGUUGGCCGGAGCGUCAGGACCUUUGACCGCAUUUCCGUGGUGGACGGUCACAAGGUUGGCGUUAUUUACAUAGGAGAGAAUCAGACCAAGGAAACUGAAAUUCUAGCCAAUGUGUCCGGCAGUGCAGACUAUACGGAAUUCUUGAACGGAAUCGGAUCUCUCACCAAGUUGAAGGGUGCAGACUUCAACACUCAGGGCCUGGACCGGAGUACGACACAGACGGGCAGUACACGUUCUGCUGGCGCGACAGAGUGA